AUGCGGAAGUGGCCCGAGAUUGUGAAGAGGAAGAAAUCAAGCCGUUGUAUGGUGUUGUUGUGCCGAGCAUCCCGGAAUUCUCGAUUCAAAUACAGCACCCCUCUCUGCACAUUGUUUCACGAUUGGCGCGCAUCGAAUACCUUGUCAUCUAAUGUUAAUGACAAGCAUCACAUUAAGACAGGUGCAUUCUCCGGACUCCGGGCAGCGGGGAUGAGAAGAUCCAUAUUAGGAAGGAUUCUAGUCGCCACUGUGCAAUUCACAGCUUCCGUCCCCUUCGUCAGGAAACAAACUCAAAUCGACCAGCCAAGCUUUCCAGGACAAGCAAAAAGCAUGUUUGGCGGGUACCCGUGA